AAUAAAUCCAUCCGUGACAUUUCCUUGCUACUAAAUAUUCCACGACCAACUGUUAGUGGGAUUAUAACAAAGUGGAAGCAACUGGGAACAACAGCAACUCAGCCAUGAAGUGGAAGGCCACGUAAUAUGGCAAGGUGGGGUCAGCACAUGCUGAAGCGCACAGUGCGCAGAAGUCUUCAACUGUCCGCAGAGUCAAUAGCUAAAGACCUCCAAACUUCAUGUGGCCUUCAGAGAGCUUCAUGGAAUGGGUUUCCAUGGCGGAGCCAAGCCUUACAUUACCAAGUGCAUUGAAAAGCGUCAGAUGCAGUGGUGUAAAGCAUGCCACCACUGGACUCUAG